UUUUGGGUGCAUGACUUUGCAAUCUUAAUUUUCUUAAUGUAGUUCUUGUGUGCAAUUUAUAUACAGUAUACACUUCUCACUAGAACGGAGUUUGUUAUCCAAUACAUACCUGGAUAACUUACAAGUCUUCGAUACCAGGCUUUUCAGUAUUUUUAUAUGAAGUUGGGCCAGGCCACUGGGAGUCAGGACUCCAGGAUUUAUUUCUGCUUGACUUCUUGUGUGCAGUAGCACCAGCACAUAUCUUCUGCUCAAACUAGUUUUAGGAUUUUAUGAAUAAGUUUGCACAAGGAAUCAAAACACUCAAAGGGGAUAUAGUAUCUGUUGAUCUUGCAAGCAGAUCACCUAGAUACUUAGGUGAAUAUGGAGCUUUAGAAAUGCCUUAGUCUCCCAACCACUUCAAGGAAAAACAACUUCACUGAAUAAAAAGGCAGAUUUUUUUUAAUUAAAAUUUUCUGUCAGAGUUCUGUCACGGAUACACAAGAGCUCUGCUAUGUCCCAGCUUUUAAACAGGAUCUUCGGAGGAACCGCUCUGUGUCAGACCCUCAAGAGGUCCCACUCUUCCUUGAGGGUAGGCCACAUAGACUUAGCACCUAUAAGACAUCUGGGCUCCAGCGCUGCUGUUUCACACUGUGAGCUCUGCUCAGUGAAUCCAACAGACAUAGACUUCUGGUCAGAAUUUUACUCUCUUCAGGGACCAGUACACCUCAGCAAGUAUUUGAAGUGCCAUCUGGCAGCCUUUCAAAACAGAGUCAGAUUUAUUAGUCAGCUGGAACACAGCAUGAGGAAGUCCUUAGGUUAGCAUCGAGGAAAUAAAGAUUAAAACAUAGGCCAUUCUGGGCAAGUCAGCUUUCCAUCUGGCCAAGCUGCUAUAGAAUCUGCUUCUGGCUCUGGCUGGCUCUGUCUCAUGGUCAUUCCCAGAGAUGCAGGUCACAAAUGUCCAGUAGACAAUGAAAUUCUACUCGAAAACCAACUCUUCCCUGACAACUUUGCCAAACGGGAAAUCCUCUCACUGAAGGUGAGAUGUCCCAACAAGGGCUGUCUUCUGAAGAUGGAGCUGAGACAUCUAGAGGAGCAUCAGUUGAAUUGUGACUUCUGCUCUGUGGAAUGCCUACAAUGCCAGAGCCCCUUCCCGAAGAACCAGCUGCAAAACCACAUGACACUGGAAUGCCCACGGCGGCAGGUCUGCUGUCCAAACUGUGCUACAUCUAUGGCUUAUGAAGACAAAGAGCUUCAUGACCAGAACUGUCCACUUGCAAAUGUGUUUUGUGAAUAUUGCAAUACAGUGCUCAUCAGAGAACAGAUGCCUAAUCAUUAUGAUAAUGACUGCCCUACCGCCCCAGUACCAUGUACAUACAGUGCCUUUGGAUGUCCUGAAAAGAUGCAGAGGAAUGAGUUGGCACGUCAUAUGCAAGAGUUCACUCAGGUUCACAUGAGAAUGAUGGCUCAGACUCUCCGGAGUAUUAGUGUUACUACCACAACUCCCAUGUCCUACCUCAGUGGCCUAUCUUUUGAGCCAUCUCUCUUCUCACAUGUCCCACCUGCCACAUAUGACUGCAACCCAGAAGUUGAGAACUUCAAGGAAACCAUUCAGCAGUUGGAAGGUCGCCUGGUAAGACAAGAUCACCAGAUCAGAGAGCUUAUUGCUAAAAUGGAGACUCAGAGCGCUCACGUGGGAGACCUCAAACGCACUAUCCAAAAUCUAGAGGAAAAAAUUGCCGAAAUGGAGGCACAACAAUGUAACGGCAUUUACAUCUGGAAGAUUGAGAACUUCAGCACACAUCUGAGAGCCCAAGAAGAAGAGAGACCUGUUGUGAUCCACAGCCCUGGCUUCUACACUGGGAAACCAGGCUACAAACUGUGUUUGCGCCUGCAUAUCCAGUUACCAAAUUCUCAGCGCUGUGCUAACUUUAUAUCCCUCUUUGUCCAUACUAUGCAAGGAGACUAUGACAGUCAUCUGCCUUGGCCAUUUCAGGGCACCAUACGACUUUCUAUUUUGGAUCAAUCAGAGGGACUUGCAAGGCAGAAUCACGAAGAAGUAAUGGAAGCCAAACCUGAGCUUCUAGCCUUCCAGAGACCAGCAAUCCACCGCAACCCAAAAGGUUUUGGUUAUGUGACAUUCAUGCACCUGCAAGCUUUGAAGCAAAGAACCUAUGUAAAAGAUGAUACUCUUCUGGUGCGCUGUGAGGUUGUAACACGUUUAGACUUGAACAUUGUACGGAAAGAGGGCUUUCAACCUCGCAGUACUGAUGGGGCUGUAUAGUCUGUUGUGCCCUAACUAAGGGAGCCCCGCACUGCUGUUCUUCCACAACAGAUUGGAAGGAUAAGAGCAUGAACGAAGGGAUUUUCCAGAGGGGAAAAGCUUCAUGAUAAGAGCAGUUAUCUGGGUUGAACAAUGCCAUUCUGCAGGCUAAUACAGCUGAUUUAACGGAAUAGAAUUUGCUCUCUUUGGUAUACAAGCUUUUUCCUCUGUGGAUCAUGUAUUAAAUAUUUCUUCUUGUUCUCUG